GUACUGCGCGCGCAUGUUCAAAUUAUAAUGGCGGUUUCUUCAACGAAAUAAAAUAAAUACACUAACUUUUUGUUACAAAAUUCAUGCUUUACGACUUUUCUUAUACUCGAAAUAGUGUUUUAAUUUAAAAUUGUUUUUUUAGUAGUGAAUUCAAACGUGUAGACACGGAAAUCGCGUGUGGAAGUGUGUGGCAAAAUGUGAAAGUUUCUUAUAAGAAAACAGUGGUUCAUUUUUUUUACGUGGUAUCCUACAUAUUUCUUGUUUCUACAGCUGUUUUGAUAUUUAAAAGUCGGUACAAACAACAACUACUUAAAUGUGAAAACAAUUACAAAAAAAAAAAACAAUAAAAAAGUGUCGAAGUGUAAGUGAUGUGAACAAUAAUGUGGACUGGUAUGGACUACGUGUAGUUUCCCGCCAAAACAAGAUGGCUGCCGUCAUAAAAUGGCGGCCUAGACGCUUAGGCGCCAUGUUGCUUAUUUUAUUUAUACAAUUUGUUAAUGGUUACGAAGAAAUAUACACAAUAUCGCAAUUAUCACCAAAAUCAGCGACAGUCGACAGACUACCCCAAGACACAGUCUUGCAGACCAGUCUCCCAGAGAACGUAGCAGUAAGAAUAGAACCCAGCAUCAAAAACGAUGAAGAAGAACCACCUCUGGUCAUCCACGAAGACCUGGAACAGCACGUGAUAGUCGCUAGGUCUGCAGACCCUGUAAGAGAAUCUAGAUCAAUAAAUAUAGAUGAGAUUCCGAGCUCAAAUAAUGAAAUUGACAAUCAUUUAGAGGUACAUAAUAAGAGAAAAUACUAUGACAUCCAUCCGACGAAGACUACAGGGUAUUUGAGGAGUGACGAUGAUGUCAUACUGUCUUCGGAAGGUUUCGGAGAUAGGCUGGAGUUUAAGUUUCCGGGGGAAGGGAAGAGGGUCCCAAAAGCGCGCGCACUGGCGCCUAUGGGGCCCAGAAUACGGCCUACUGCAGUGCAGCCGAUUUUUGCGACAGCUACCCCUAGGAAAGACGAACCGAGACAGAAUACUGAGAUUCAGAAUAUCAUAACUGGUCUCGUCAAGUUACUGAAUGGUAAUGUUAACGUGCAAGCUAAUUCUCAGCUUUUAAAUGGAAGACCAGGUCGUCCUAUGGCGUCUAGGAUCAAUAAUAGAGGUCCUCCAAAGAUAUCUGACGUUCCACCGCUGCCAGACUUCGAUCCACCUAUCUCUCCACCUCCUCAUCACUUCCAUCCUACUAAGACACCUCCUCCAUAUCCAUUUGACAGGCCACCAGUCUACGUGAACCUACCAGAACAGAUUGUUCCUCCGUUAAACAGACCAGGUUUCCACAGACCGAUGCCUCCUUGGCAAAGACCAAGACCAAGACCUCCAAAUAGGAGACCAAAUCCUGGUCUACCGAUGUACAAACCUAUGCCUCCACUACCAAAUAUACCAGAUAUACCUGAUGUGGAAGAGAAGCCAGAUGUUGUAGUUAGUGAGAAUGAGACAACUCACUCUGAGAAUACGUUGCAUCAUGAAGAAGCUGAAGUUACAGUUGCUGCUGAAAACACAACUGAAACAGAACCGAUUAAAGAAGAAAAUAAUGACAAUGAAACUACAACUGCAGCUGAAACAACUUCGUCAUCAACUACAACGACUACAACGACAACCACCACUACAACAACUGAACCCCCACCACCAGAAACCACGACCACAGAAAAAACUACGACCACAGAAAGAACUACGACCACAGAAAAAACUACAACAACAGAAAAACCGACAACCACAACUGAGAAAAAGAUAGAAAAACCUAAACAAGAUAAGAAAAAAGACUCAAUAUUUGGUGAAAAAGAAAAACCCAAAGACAAAACUAAAAUAGAUGAUAGACUUAAUAAGACUACUCCAAAAGAUGAUCUAUUGGAACAGGCUAUUAAAAUAAUAGAGCCUUCUUUAAUAGAAAUCCCGUCUACUUCAUCUACUGUGUCAGCUACACCUACUGACGGUCUUCUUAGUCACACUCCCUCAGUCAGCGUGCCGUCAUCGUCAUCUUCAUCGGCUUCAUCAUCAGUGGAUGUGAUAGAGACGUCGUCGAUUAAUUCUCAACCGUUGCCAUUCCACAUCGAAAAUGUGAACCUAUCAGGCCACGAGCACGAUGACAUCAUAGUCUCACCAUCAGGGGAGCAAGGGUUCGUCUCCAUCGACGGCAAGAGGACAUACUUGAACCUGUUCGAUACUUCCACUGCUGCUCCUACCAUCAGACCUACUAGGGUGCAGAGUAUGCCUCAAUCUGUAUCACCCCUCCCACCUCCUCCUCUAGCUCCCACCCUUGGCACAGGAGAAGCUAUACCAGCAGAUGACAUCCCCCUACCUCAGCAGCCAGUGGCCUGGGACGCUAAGCUGGCGGAUAAGGACUCAGACCCGUACCAGCAACUGAGCUACGAAGCCAUGCAAGAAACAGCAGAGACCCUCCGGCCCCAGGUGGGGUCCGACAUACAGAAGCACCUGCUGGGCGUCAUCCGCAGGCGGUCCAACAACGUGGGCGCCUCCGCGCUCUACGUCGACACCCCCGCCGGCAGUGUACUGCCUUUACAUGGCUACACGAACCACAUGGCGACGGAAUCCACAAGUUCUGAAGCAUCAUCCCACGUGCAGGAGAGAGCUGAUCUAUUGGUACCUAGACCCAAAUCCAGGGCCAGGAGUAUGCAUGUAAGUUGUCUGCGCUAA